AUGAGUGGGAGAGUAUUCUUCUAUGCCGAACUUAAGGCGGCAACAAAGGAAUUCAAUUGUCGCAAUUUUUUAGGUCAAGGAGGAAGUUGCUGUAAAACGGCUGGUCCAGAACGGAGAGUAGAAGCAGGACAAGGAAUCAAAGAAUUUGACACGGAGAUUGUUAUGCUGGGACGUCUCCGACAUCCCAAUUUGGUGUCGUUGGUGGGCUACUGCCAACAUGAAGAUGAAAGGCUGCUGGUGUACGAAUACAUGUCGGGCGGCCGCCUUGGAGAACAUAAUUUUGGAAGUUGCUGUAAAACGGCUGGUCCUGAACGGAGAGGAGAAGCAGGACUAGGAAUCAAAGAAUUUGACACGGAGAUUGUUAUGAUGGGACGUCUCCGACAUCCCAAUUUGGUGUCGUUGGUCCAAAAUAAUGAAACCGAAUUUUCUUCUGAUAUAAAUGUGACUUUAACUCUUUAA